UUUGAAAUUAAUGCGGUUCGUGAAUAUAUUAUAAGCCGCCCGCUCCGUUACCCACUCGGUUUUUGGUCGUCUUCCUCUCUUCUCUUGGAUCUAAUCUAGACCGUGCGAUUGAUCUUUCGGAAGGAUGAUGGCCGUCGAUCUGCAGGGCCGAAGGGAGAUGGACGACGUGAGGGCGGUGAAGGAGGCGGCCGGCGCCGGGUUGCGUAGCUUGGAGAACCUCGCCUUCCAGCUCUCCCUCCAGCGGUCUUCCGCCGACUGCCGUGAGAUACCCGACCUCACCGUCUCCAAGCUCAAGAAGGUGAUCUCCGUGCUUAAUCGCACCGGCCACGCGCGGUUCCGCCGCGGGCCUGUCGUCGCUGCCCCGGCCGUCGGCGUUUACGAGGGCUUCAGCGAGACCCCGGAGCCGGCGAAGGCGGAGGCCCAGACGACGCCGACGCCGACGCGCCCGAUGGUCGCGCCUAAGGCUCUAACCUUGGACUUCGCGAAAUCCACCGCCGACCACGCCGACACCGCGCUCACCCUCAGCUUCAGCACCUCCGCCACCUCCUCCUCCGCCAACUCCUCCUUCCUAUCGUCCCUCACCGGCGACGGCAGCGUCUCGAACGGCAAGAUCAGUCCGAUCAUCCUCUCGGCGGCACCCGUGCCAGCCCCCGCCACAGCGGCUCCCUCCUCCGGGAGGCCGCCCCUCGCCUCCUCCCACAAGAAAAUCUGCCUCGGCGAAGGGCACAGCCACGCGCAUAAUUCCCUGUCGGGGAAGUACCCCGGCGGCCGCUGCCACUGCUCCAAGAAAAAGAAACCUCGCGUGAAGAAGACGAUACGCGUGCCGUCGAUCAGCUCGCGCAACGCCGACAUACCGGCCGACGAGUACUCGUGGCGCAAGUACGGCCAGAAGCCGAUCAAGGGCUCCCCUUACCCCCGGGGCUACUACAAGUGCAGCAGCGUGCGCGGGUGCCCGGCGAGGAAACACGUGGAGCGUGCGCCGGAGGACCCCUCGAUGCUGAUCGUGACGUACGAAGGGGAGCACCGCCACACCGCCGCCGCCUCCUCCGCCGCCGACCCGCGCAGCCAUAUCAGCCGCUCGUCGCCGGUCGUACAACCCUUUUGACCGGCCGGAAUCACCGCACCCUUCAAGUAAAUUCUUUUUCAUGUUUUCUUUUUGUAAAAAAAAAAGACGAGAAGAGUGAUCGGGAUCUGUCCAAGUUUGGCAGCUUGUGGAAUGGAUCCAACAUCGAAUCUAUUAAAAAAAGAAAACAAUAUCUCUAGAAAUUCGUCGUGUUUGAUCCGUUCCGAACGUUGGCGACUUGAUCGAAGGCGGAGUGGGUCAAAGUUGACGGCGACGGCGAUUGCGGUGGUGGGGUUGGUGGGCGGGAAGUCAUGUCGUCGACCUCAGUUGAGUCAAUUGUGGCGGGUCCCUGUGUGGUCCUCGCGCCUGCCUUAUCGUUUGCCGUUGACGUCCACGGUUGGUAUACGCGGUCAAAGGGAUUUGUCGUGACUCGGAUUAGCAUUGAUUAGAGGAAUCAAUUAGCAAUUAAUUACCAAAUAAUAAUUAUCAUACAUGUUCAAUGCCUUCACGCCA